AUGUCCACCACCGCGACCAACACCGAGGCCAUUACGGCUGAGUCGAUCCUCCGUCUCUUCCCCGACAUCGACACCAGCACCGAGGCCCUUUCGGGACACGAUGCCGAGCAGAUUCGUCUCAUGGACGAGGUCUGCAUCGUGCUUGACGAGAACGACAAGCCCAUUGGCAAUGCGAGCAAGAAGGCCUGUCACUUGAUGACCAACAUCGACAAGGGCCUCCUCCACCGCGCCUUCUCCGUCUUCCUCUUCGACUCCAACAACCGCCUUCUCCUGCAGCAGCGCGCCUCGGAGAAGAUUACCUUCCCCGACAUGUGGACCAACACCUGCUGCUCGCACCCCCUGGGCAUCCCCGGCGAGACUGGCUCCAACCUUGAGGACUCCGUAGCCGGCGUCAAGCGUGCCGCCCAGAGGAAGCUGGAGCAUGAGCUCGGCAUCAACCCCUCUCAGGUCCCCUUUGAGGACUUCCACUUCUUGACCAGAAUCCACUACAAGGCUCCCAGCGACGGCAAGUGGGGAGAGCACGAGAUCGAUUAUAUUCUCUUCAUCAAGGCCAAUGUCGACCUCAACAUCAACGAGAACGAAGUCCAGGCUACCCAGUACGUCACCCCCGACGAGCUCAAGACGCAGUUCGCGGACCCCAAGCUUGUCUUCACCCCCUGGUUCAAGCUCAUUUGCCAGUCCAUGCUCUUCGAGUGGUGGCAGAACCUUGACUCCGGCUUGGAGAAGUACACCAACGAGCAGGAGAUCCGUCGCAUGUAA